AUGCAUUUUCAACGGAUGUUCUUCUUUUCCGUUUUAACGGUAUCGGUUCAGUUAUCUCUGCUGCCAGGAGCAUCCACGAAGGCGAUUAUAGAGAAAGAAACUGAUAUCACCUCUGACAAUGACAUCUCCUUGAUAUCUCUUUUUAAACGUGAUGAUGGAGCGUCUGGCGAUGGGGAUUGUGAUCCCUGCCUCGCCUCCUGUUCUAACAACAUAGUCAAGCGUUCUUCCGACGAUGAACCCGAGCCUGUGGAGCUCAGAAUACUCCACGGAAACGCAAGCGAGACAGAGCCUUGGUUGGAUGGCGAGGUCGCUCGCUGGCACCUCAUCGAACGCCAGCCGCCCACCCUAUCGUUCAACUGUGAUGCGAUCCCCAACGUUUGUCAGAAUAUGUGCUACGGAGUGAACUGCAAGGGAUUCCCAAGGGCGUUAACGAUCAGCAAGGCUUCAGGCUUAUGCCAGGCGGCACGAAGGAGGAAUUCUUGCGGAUCUACUAAUCCCAACAGAUGCAGCACGCGAUUCACCCCCGCGUUCGCUCCUGGUAAUUCUUGUGAUGAAUAUCCGUUCGCAAGCACGCUGCAGGGCCAACAGGCCGCGCUGAACGCGGCUGCUACCCGGUGUGUUCCUGCAGGGGAAAAUCGAUCUCAAGGAGGGUCCAUUUCGGCCUUUUACCGUAACCUUCCGGACGGCACGGCGUUCACUGUGAGCUUCACUGGCGCCGCAGCGUCGACUGGCUUCUGUGCGGCUAAUACGAACUGCGUUGUUGCGGCCGGAAGUAGUCAGCAGUAG